CUCUUCUCCAACAUUUUGACACCUGGCUCUUCACUCCACCCUACUUUCCUCCUCAUGGUCGACGGGGCAUUUGCUUUAUUGCUGCUCGUCUUCCUUAUGCUACUAUGGCUUACAGGCGGAAGCAUACACAUUUACGUCCUCAUAUUCAUUGGAGGAUGUCUCUACGCGAGCACCAAGUGGUGA